AUGUCGGCAAAGGGCGCCAAAUCGGCAGACGCAGAAUGGUUCUCGCCUGAAGAACUGGCAGCCGCGCGCGAAGACUACCUCGCAGAGCAAGAGAAGGAGCAGCCAUCACCUCAGGUCAAGUUGCGGUACGCCAUUGCACUGGCGAAAAGCCGCAAGCGCGACGACAAAUACCGUGCAAUCGGGUUACUGGAAGAUCUCCUGGACCAGAGCUAUGCCCCCAAGGACAGUCUGUACUGGAUCGCUCUAACGCUAUGCGGACUGGGCGAGUAUCGUGCAAGUCGGAGUUACUGUGAACGCCUGCUUCGCGUGGAGCCAUCUCACAUGAAGGCUUUGUUACUGCACAAGAGGAUCAAGGAGGUCGUCGCAAAAGAAGACGGGGUCGUCGGCGUGAGCAUCUUUGGCGCAGUGGUUAUGGCGGGACUGGCACUGAAGUUUCUACUCAAGCGAUAA